AUGAAGGCUCCAUCAAAUGGAUUUCAUCCCAGUCCCACCGAAGGAGAGAAGAAAGCAAUCAAUUCUCAGCUAUGGCACGCUUGUGCUGGCCCUUUGGUUUCAUUGCCUCCUGUGGGAAGUCUUGUGGUUUACUUCCCUCAAGGACAUAGCGAGCAGGUUGCAGCAUCGAUGCAGAAGCAAACCGAUUUUAUACCAAAUUACCCAAAUCUUCCUUCUAAGCUGAUUUGCUUGCUUCAUAGUGUUACAUUACAUGCUGAUACCGAAACCGAUGAAGUCUAUGCACAAAUGACUCUUCAACCUGUGAAUAAGUACGACAGAGAAGCAUUGCUAGCUUCUGAUAUGGGUCUGAAGUUGAAUAGACAACCUACAGAGUUUUUCUGCAAGACUCUUACAGCGAGUGACACGAGUACUCACGGUGGUUUCUCUGUACCUCGCCGUGCAGCUGAGAAAAUAUUCCCUCCUCUUGAUUUCUCAAUGCAACCGCCUGCACAAGAGAUUGUAGCUAAAGAUUUGCAUGAUACUACAUGGACUUUCAGACAUAUCUAUCGAGGCCAACCAAAAAGACACUUGCUUACAACAGGUUGGAGCGUUUUCGUCAGCACAAAGAGACUAUUCGCCGGUGAUUCAGUUUUGUUUGUAAGAGAUGAGAAAUCACAGCUGAUGUUGGGUAUAAGACGUGCAAAUAGACAAACGCCGACUCUUUCCUCAUCGGUCAUAUCAAGCGACAGUAUGCACAUCGGGAUUCUUGCAGCUGCAGCUCAUGCAAAUGCCAAUAGCAGCCCUUUCACCAUCUUCUUCAAUCCAAGAGCAAGCCCUUCAGAGUUCGUUGUUCCUUUAGCCAAAUACAACAAAGCGUUGUAUGCUCAAGUAUCUCUUGGAAUGCGGUUUCGAAUGAUGUUCGAGACUGAGGACUGUGGUGUUCGUAGAUAUAUGGGUACGGUCACCGGUAUUAGUGAUCUCGACCCUGUUAGAUGGAAAGGCUCACAAUGGCGUAACCUUCAGGUGGGAUGGGAUGAGUCUACAGCUGGAGAUAGGCCAAGCAGAGUAUCCAUAUGGGAGAUCGAACCGGUCAUAACUCCCUUUUACAUCUGCCCUCCUCCAUUUUUCAGACCUAAGUACCCGAGGCAACCGGGGAUGCCAGAUGAUGAGUUGGAUAUUGAGAACGCUUUCAAACGAGCAAUGCCUUGGAUGGGAGAGGAGUUUGGGAUGAAAGACGCACAGAGUUCGAUGUUCCCUGGUUUGAGCCUGGUUCAGUGGAUGAGUAUGCAGCAGAACAACCCAUUGUCAGGUGGUGGUGCUGCUGCUCAGCUCCCUUCCGCGCUUUCGUCUUAUAACCUACCAAACAACUUCGCUUCCAACGACCCUUCGAAGCUGUUGAACUUCCAAUCUCCAAACCUCUCUCCCGCUAAUUCGCAGUUCAACAAACCGAACAUGGUUAACCAUAUCAGCCAGCAGAUGCAAGCACAACCAUCCAUGGUGAAAUCUCAACAACAACAACAACAACAACAGAUGCAGCAACAAGUACAGAUGUCACACCAACAGCUGCAGCAGCAAGGGGUGUAUAACAAUGGUGUGAGUGUUGUUGCUAACCAAGUCUCUUGUCAAAGUCCGCACCAGUCUUCUGGUUUCUCUCACCCUCAGCUUCAGCAGCAGUCUAUGCUCUCUAAUGGUGCUAAAAUGACACACCAGAACAUUGUUUCAUCUGGAAUGAAAGGUUCGUCUCAACAAAUGGCGUCUUACGCGCAAGAAUUUCAGUUUCAGCAGCAGUUGGAAUUGCACAACAGUAGCCAGUUGUUGAGAAGCCAGCAAGAACAGUCCUCUCUGCACUCACUACAACAAAAUCUGUCACAAAAUCCUCAGCAACUUCAGAUGCAACAACAAUCACCAAAGCCAACUUCACAACAGCUACAACUGCAGCUACUGCAGAAGCUACAGCAGCAACAACAGCAGCAGCAGCAGUCAAUUCCUCCAGUAAGUUCGUCUUUACAGCCGCAGUUGUCAGCAAUGCAGCAGCCACAAAGCCAUCAGUUGCAACAGCUUCUGUCGUCUCAGAAUCAACAGCCUUUAGCACAUGGUAAUAACAGCUUCUCAGCUUCAACUUUCAUGCAGCCUCCACAGAUUCAGGUGAAUCAUCAGCAACAAGGACAAAUGCAUAACAAACCUCUCGUAGCAGCCGGAAGAUCACAUUCCGGUCACACAGAUGGUGAAGCUCCUUCUUGCUCAACCUCGCCUUCUGCCAAUAACAACGGACACGACAAUGUCUCACCGUCGAACUUCCUGAGAAGAAAUCAACAGCAAGGACAACAAGCAGUGUCUGUAUCUGCAUCUGAUUCAGUCUUUGAGCGUUCAAGCAAUCCCGUCCAAGAGAGCCUACGGAACAAUCAAGGCAUGGUGAAUCUGAAGAGUUCUGCUGAACAGUUCAAGUUUAAAGCUGCGGUAACAGACCAAAUCGAUCUAUGUCCUGAUGUUGUUGGCCCUGCACAUCAACAGCAGACUUUCCCAUUACCAUCAUUCGGUUUCGAUGGAGAUUGUCAGUCUCAUCAGCCAAGAAACAACUUGGCUUUCGCUGGGAAUCUUGAAGCAGUAACUUCUGAUGCUCUCUAUUCCCAGAAGGACUUUCAUAACUUGGUUCCAAACUACGGCAACGCGCCAAGAGACAUUGAAACCGAGCUGUCCAGUGCUGCAAUCAGUUCUCAGUCGUUUGGUAUUCCCAGCAUUCCGUUUAAGUCCGGAGGCUCAAAUGAGAUCGGUGGCAUCAAUGAUUCAGGCAUCAUGAAUGGUAGUGGACUCUGGCCUAAUCAGGCUCAACGAAUGCGAACAUAUACAAAGGUUCAAAAACGAGGGUCAGUAGGAAGAUCAAUAGAUGUAACACGUUAUAGCGGCUACGACGAGCUCAGGCAUGACUUAGCAAGAAUGUUUGGCAUUGAAGGACAGCUCGAAGAUCCACAAACCUCUGACUGGAAACUCGUCUACACAGAUCACGAGAACGAUAUAUUACUCGUUGGUGAUGAUCCUUGGGAGGAGUUUGUGAACUGCGUGCAGAACAUAAAGAUACUAUCAUCAGCAGAAGUCCAGCAAAUGAGCUUAGACGGAGAUCUUGCAGCUAUGCCAACCACAAACCAAGCCUGCAGCGAAACAGACAGUGGAAAUGCUUGGAAAGUACACUAUGAGGACACUUCUGCUGCAGCUUCAUUCAACAGAUAG